AUGAUCGCCAAUGAAUUGAUGGUAAAUGAAGAUGAAGAUAGUGUUUAUCGUCGUCAUCUUAGUAAUGCUGUACUUGAACAAAUGUUUUCAACAAUUCGAGAGCGAAAAGCAAAACCAAGUUUCGAUGACGAUGUUAUUGAUGAUCUUAAUGAAUUUAUGCUUGAUGAAGAAAAUGCCCAUGAAAUGAUUGAUCUUUUAUUUGAAGGAAUAUCUGAAGUAUCUUUUAAUCCACAAGUUCAAACCGUUGAAUUAGUUGAUGUUCUAAAAUUAAAUGACCAACCAAUACUAAAUGCUAUUCAAAAAUACUGUUCAGAGAUUAUAGUUACAAUGGGUGAUUUGCAGCAAAAACAAAAAAGUGCUAAAUGUCGUCCAAAACUAGCUGCUGGUAUAAAACAAAAGAUAAAAGAAUUGAAACAACGUGAUCCACGUCCAUAUAAAUAUGAAGGUGAUGAGAAUGACUUUAACUGGUGGUUUGGAAAGUUAUUUCCAGUUAAUACAUGA